CCGCGGCGGCUGUGUCUGCGCCUCGCUGCCGCCGCGCUCGCAGACGCCGGGAACAUGGCGGCGGCGGAGCCGGCGGUCCUGGCGCUGCCCGGCGGCGGCGGCGUGGGCGCGGGGGCGCCGUCGGGCGCGGUGCCGGUGCUCUUCUGCUUCUCCGUCUUCGCGCGGCCCUCGUCGGUGCCGCACGGUGCGGGCUACGAGCUGCUCAUCCAGAAGUUCCUCAGCCUGUACGGCGACCAGAUCGACAUGCACCGCAAAUUCGUGGUGCAGCUCUUCGCGGAGGAGUGGGGCCAGUACGUGGACUUGCCUAAGGGCUUCGCGGUGAGCGAGCGCUGCAAGGUGCGCCUCGUGCCGCUGCAGAUCCAGCUCACUACCCUGGGAAAUCUUACACCUUCAAGCACUGUGUUUUUCUGCUGUGAUAUGCAGGAAAGGUUCAGACCAGCCAUCAAGUAUUUUGGGGAUAUUAUUAGUGUUGGACAAAGAUUGUUGCAAGGGGCCCGGAUUUUAGGAAUUCCAGUUAUUGUAACAGAACAAUACCCUAAAGGUCUGGGAAGCACUGUUCAAGAAAUUGAUUUAACAGGUGUAAAACUGGUACUGCCAAAGACCAAGUUUUCCAUGGUGUUACCAGAAGUAGAAGCAGCAUUAGCAGAAAUUCCUGGAGUCAGAAGUGUUGUAUUAUUUGGAGUAGAAACUCAUGUGUGCAUCCAACAGACUGCCCUGGAGCUAGUUGGCCGAGGAGUCGAGGUCCAUAUUGUUGCUGACGCCACGUCCUCGAGAAGCAUGAUGGACAGGAUGUUUGCUCUCGAGCGUCUUGCUCGAACUGGGAUCAUAGUGACCACGAGUGAGGCUGUUCUGCUACAGCUGGUGGCUGAUAAAGACCAUCCAAAAUUCAAGGAAAUUCAGAAUCUGAUUAAGGCGAGUGCUCCAGAGUCAGGUCUGCUUUCCAAAGUAUAGGACAUUGGAAGGACUGGUCUGCUACUAGGACUCUCAGCCCACACAAGCUCUUAUCUCUACUAGAAUUAAAAUGUUAAGUCAAAAUCGGCUCCUUUUUUGCGCCUCUUAGUGAAACUUAACUGGCUAGACCCUUUGGGUACCAGCAUUUAGUUACAAAUGUCAAAGGCUUCGGGUGCUGCUUACCUUCUUUUUUUGUUAAUGUGCUUUUAUUUAUUGAAAAAAAAUUACAAUGAA